GACAACGCCGCGCUCCCAUUGGCCGGCUACCUCGCCUCGGCGGCGGAGACAUGGAGGUCGCGCAGCGCGGGCUCCGUUGAAGCGCGCGGUUGGGGAGACGGUCGCGACAUCUCCCCCCCCCCUUCCCACAAACUCGGCUCCCGCACGGAGUGUCCCCACAUCACACCCACCCCCCUUCCCCCAGCAAAGCGACCGGGAGCCAUGAAGAAGGAUGUGCGAAUCCUGCUCGUGGGAGAGCCCAAGGUGGGCAAGACCUCACUCAUUAUGUCCCUUGUGAGUGAAGAGUUUCCAGAGGAGGUGCCCGCCCGCGCAGAAGAGAUCACGAUUCCAGCUGACGUUACGCCAGAAAAAGUGCCCACACACAUUGUUGACUAUUCCGCUGCAGAACAGACAGAUGAUGAUUUGCAAGAUGAAAUUUUAAGAGCACAUGUAAUCUGUAUUGUGUAUGCGGUGGACAAUGAACGUUCCAUUGAAAAGAUCACAAGUAAAUGGGUUCCUCUCAUCAAUGAAACUAUUGAGAAAGAUGAGCGGAUUCCCAUCAUUCUGGUUGGUAACAAGUCUGAUGUGGUGGACCACAGCACCAUGGAGGCCAUCCUGCCUAUCAUGAACCAGUACACGGAGAUUGAGACCUGCGUGGAGUGCUCAGCCAAGACCCUGAAGAACAUCUCGGAGGUCUUCUAUUAUGCCCAGAAAGCCGUACUGCAUCCCACCGCCCCACUCUACUGCACCGAGGACAAGGAGCUGAAGCCAGCUUGCAUCAAGGCCCUGACACGAAUUUUCAGAAUCUCGGACCAGGACAACGAUGGAGUCCUGAAUGACACCGAACUCAACUUUUUCCAGAGGACAUGCUUCAACACGCCGCUGGCGCCUCAGGCCCUGGAGGACGUCAAGAACGUGGUGCGCAAAAACACGACGGACGGGGUGGCAGAGAACGGUCUGACACUCAUGGGGUUCCUGUUUUUGCACACGCUGUUCAUCCAGCGUGGGCGGCACGAGACCACGUGGACGGUUUUGCGACGGUUUGGCUACGAUGACGACCUUGAGCUCACGGACGACUACUUGCACCCACUGCUUAAAGUGCCCCACGACUGCACGACAGAGCUGAACCACAGCGCCUACCUCUUCCUGCAGAGCAUCUUUGAGAAGCACGACCUGGAUGGCGACGGCGCGCUGAGCCCCGAAGAACUGAAGGAUUUGUUUGGCGUCUUCCCGUACAUGCCUUGGGGUCCUGACGUCAACAGCACGGUCCCCACCAACGACAAGGGCUGGAUCACCCAGCACGGAUACAUGGCGCAGUGGACGCUGACUGCCUACCUGGAUGUCCGUCACUGCCUGGAGUACCUGGGGUACCUGGGCUACCCAUUGCUCACUGAGCAGGAGACGCAGACAUCUGCCAUUGUGGUGAUGAGGGAUAAGAAGAUUGACCUGCAGAAGAGGCAGACUCAGCGCAACGUGUUUCUGUGCCACGUCAUUGGCGCCCGCGGAUCAGGAAAGAGCGCUUUCCUUCAGGCCUCCCUGGGCAGAAACAUGGCCAAGCAGAAACAACUGAGAAGCGAUCACUGUUCUUUCUAUGCCAUAAACUCAGUGCAAGUGUACGGACAAGAAAAGUACCUGCUGCUACAUGAGAUCGAUACGGAGUCCGAUCUCCUGACCUCGGCCGACACGGCGUGUGAUGUGGCCUGCCUCCUGUACGACGCACACAACCCCAAGUCCUUCGAGUACUGCGCGACCGUCUUCAAGCAGCACUUUGCGGAGCGACGCGUGCCGUGCCUGGUGUUGGCCAACAAGGCGGACCUGCGCGACUCGCUCUCGGGCGCCUCCUUCCUGCAGAGCCCCGCCGAGUUCUGCCGCAAGCACCGGCUGCCGCCGCCGCUGUCCUUCACGUGCAGCACGGGCAACAGCCCCGCCAGAGACAUCUUCAUCAAGCUCGCCACGCUCGCCGCUUACCCACACCUGAACGAUUCUGACCUCAAGAGCUCUUCGUUCUGGCUGCGCGUGAGCGUGGGCGCCACCAUCAUCACCGUGCUGGGCAUCACGAUCUACAAGGCACUCACGCGGGUGCGGUGAUGCCCCCCCAGCCUUCACGCGAGUGAGGGGGAGGGGAGGGGCUGCCCUCGUCUGUUUUCCUGGCGAGCGAAUUCCAACAAACCCUCCCCCGGCCAAGCGGCCGGGCAGCUGGCCGACCGCCCCGAUCGGCCGGCCAGUCGGCUGGCCUAACACGCAUACCGCAGCAGACACACAUGACGUUGCAGUCCACAGCCAAGACUCGAAAACAAAUGUUGCGCUUGCACAAGUUUGUUUGGUGUGAAGAAAACUUAAGGAAAAGGGGCUCAUUCAUGCAAUGAUUCAACUCCGUCGCGAUUUGAUGAAUGGUCGCGAAUCAGGGUUGUGGCUCGUUUAACGACUCGAUUAUUGAAUUUUGCCGCUUAUGAAUGUCGAGCCUCUAGUGCAAGGGUGUCCCAGCUUUGGUGCAUUUAGGGCUGGAUUGACUGACAUCGCUGAGGGCUGUAGGCCACAGACAUAAACUAAACAAACAAACAUGGAGAUCAGAUAUAUAUUGAGACAGGCUGAUAGGAGAGAGAAGUAUUCACAGGAGAUGUGAGGAAGAUGGGAGAGAUGUAUUUGUUCAGGAGAGAUAGGGAAAGGAUAUGUAUUCAUUAGAAGGGAGAUAUGCCUUCAUAAGUGGUAGAACAUAGUUGUAUAUUCAGCAGAGGUCAAACAGAGAUAUGAGACAUUGAGCAGAGGUCCAUAAGGGAGAUAUAUAGGAGAGAUGUACUCCGAAUAGAUUUGAGAUAGGAAAAGAGAUGCCUUCAGAGAAGAUGUGAGAAUAGAAAGGAGAGAGAUUGACCAGACCCGCAACCAUCCACCACCCCAUAGCCACAAAUCCAACAUGCUGACCAAGACGGUUCACUUAAUUAUUUCUCAAAAGGUUUAUAGUAUUAAUUUCACGUUAAGGCCACAGCAAGCCAUGUUAAAUGAGCCAGCAGACCAAUUUUAGCCCGUGGGCUGUAGUUUGGACAACCGUGCUCUGGUGACUGCUGGUCACGUGACCCAAUCCCGCACAACUUGUACCAGCAGUAAACAAACGAUUCUCAUGCACACGAUUCUACACGUGUCGCGAGCCUAAGAAUCGAUUGAUGUCGAUAAAGAGAUGCAUCGUUACAUGCGUACACAACGGGAGGUAGUUUAAAUGGAAACGAACACGGGCUUGUUGUCAAGUUUGUAACGCACGCAGUAAUAAACAUAAAAUUAGUUCUGCUGAGCUUCGCCAGUGGGCGACUUCAGAGGUCGGACUUAAUCAAGACCUUUGUGUAGUUCUUGUCAACAGGAUCCAGUUGGACUCUGAUCCAAAGCAGUUAAGUUCUUUCCAGGUCUGAUGUGAACCGAUGCUCUGGUGUAAACACGGGUAUCUGCAUGCAGCAGACACUCCCAUUGCUGUGCCAAGCCCUGCCCAGGUCAGGAUCAGCCGGCAGUCUUUUUUUUAUAUUGCGCACAAAAACAUACCCCGGUGUUCACUACUCCGCUGAAGGGCUCGGCGGUUUUUUUUUUCGAAUGCGAGAAAAGCGCAUUCACUUUAGCCGAGUGCAGCCCGAAUACAACACAAGGUGCACAACGCACCGACGAUCCUCAGCCAUAUUUAAGUCGGUAAAGGUACUCCCCCCCCCUCCCCCGCUAACUGAAUUUCCCGCGUAAAUGUAGGCAGACUAAAUCCUGAGUGCUAAAAUUGCCUGAAUAUCGACCCCCCACUCCCCCGAGAACCGGCCGCUUGCUAAUCUCGCAAACACUUUAGCAAUAACACGCCAUGCAAACCGGUCACGAUGGAUGACCCUUGUUAAUUUGUGGUGGUGGGGAACGGGUGGGUAAAGCUGAGAAUUUUUUUUAGCAAGGUUAAUAUGCAUGUUAUCAUCAGUCCUCUUGACACACCUGUCCGGCUGUCCGGCAGUAACCAAAUCAUUUUCCCAUUGUUUCUUUUAUGCCGAGCGCAUGGGCGUGCGAAUUUUACGUCUCUUUUAAAAAAAAAAAAACACGCUGCCCUCCAGUUUUUGUAUAAUGUUCUAUUAGUCCCAGGUGCCGUAAUGGGAUGUCUGUACAUAUUGAGUGUACGUGUAUAGAUUUUCCAGGACCUAUGGCAUUCAGUUACCUAUACCACUUUUUUUUUCCACUGUACAACCGAGCCAUGUCCGAGCUGGCCCCAGGACGCGCCAGGUUUUUCUACAGCAGCACACAAGCCGGGCCGCUGACGUUAACACGCGAUGAAUGAGUCAAGCGGUGUGCAAAUGUGACGUGGCGAUGCUGUGUUCUAGUAAUUUACUAACUGAUGUCAUACGCAGCGAAUUGAAUGAUUGACACCGCCCCUGGCCAGGCUUAGCCCUCUAGCCAGAUGCAGAUGGGAGCCAGAUUGAGACGAGUUGUGAGGUCAGCUUGAUGGCUUGGCCCCUGGGUUCGGCGUGGCAAAUCGCCCAAUGGAAACUACUUGUACCGUGAAGGCCCCCUCGCUGGCACGGCUCGGAUGGGCCAGUGGAAAUAGGUAUAUUGGAGGAGCGCAGCAAUCUGUACGGCGCGCAACCAUUGUUUCAGUUUAUUUAUUUUGGUAUAGCCCUGUGAGCCAUUCGGCUCUUGAAUCGGGUGCAACCACAACAAACUAAAACACGAACAAGAAAAAACAUCUUAAAGUGACUAUGUGACAGUGCAAACAGAAAAUCCAUGAAAAGAAACAGCAAAAUAUUCCUGAAAGGGAGCGCGAGGUGCUAACAUGUGAGCUAGGUUUUAAAGAGAAAUUCUUAUUUUCCCGUACGUGUGGCUUUUUCUAUGCUUAGGAUUCUCACCAUUGAAGAUGGAAUGCUGGGGUUGGCGGGGUGACAUUCGAUUGCUUUUAAAUCAAAUGUGGAAACCUUGAGAAUGUUUGCUGCAAUUUCACAUCGCUCUCUCACGCCUUCUGUCUGUACAUAACGAACGUUAUCCUGGUCACAGCCACCGGACGCUGUUAAGUUGCUGUGAAUCCGUCUCACCUUGAGCAGUUCUGAAAUUGCACCUUUGUGAAUGUAGGCCGUUUAUUUAUGCAGAUCGCUGGUAUUGACUUGGGCUUGAUUUUGUCUUUCCCUUUUCUCGUUUAUUUGGCGAGCGCUGUCUUGAUUACGCCCCCCUGUCGUGCGAGCGCGAGCAGCCCACCGCACACCCGGGUGAGACGUGCCCUGCGAUGUCUCGAAGAAGUGAGCAAAAAUACAAAAAACGUCUCUUCUUUUG